GUCACCAGAAGAUGUGGACGCCUUGGCAAUUUGCCCUGUUGAUUAUUCCGCUGGCAUGUGCUUUUGGCCAGCAUCCGGAUAUGGAUAUAGUCAGGUCCUGCACGAGAUAUAAGAAGAGUGUUUUUGAGGAGACAAUCGACUAUGGUUUCCUGCUCCCAGGUGCUCCAAUUGAGAGACGGGUCAUCGAUAAUUGCAGGAGCUACACGCCCCUAAUUGUGGGUGGUCAUCCGGCCCAGCCUCGGGAAUUUCCGCACAUGGCACGCUUGGGACGUCGACGAAGUCUGGACACCCGUACCGACUGGUUUUGUGGUGGCGUUCUGAUCAGCGAGCGGUUCGUCUUAACCGCUGCCCACUGCCUGGAAUCGGAACAGGGAGAGGUAAAUGUUGUGCGAUUGGGCGAACUGGAUUUUGAUACGUACAAUGAUCAUGCGGCCCCCAAGGACUAUGUUGUCGCUGGGUAUAUAGUCCAUCCAGGAUAUGAGGAUCCGCAGUACUACCAUGAUGUAGGACUUAUUAAGCUGAAAGAGGAUGUAAUCUUCGAUGUGUAUAAGCAUCCCGCCUGCCUCCCGUUUCGGGAUGAACGCUUUUCCGACUCCUUUAUAGCCGUUGGCUGGGGAAGCACGGGACUGGCGGUGAAGCCCUCAGCCAAACUGCUAAAAGUCAAGCUGGAGCGAUACAGAGAUGGGGUGUGCAAAAAGCUGCUUAGCCGACAACUGGAGGAAUUCCCGCGAGGAUUCGAUGCGAGUAACCAACUCUGUGUGGGUUCCGAAAUGGCCCGGGACACCUGUAACGGAGACUCCGGCGGUCCUCUGUUGAUUUACCAUCAGGAAUAUCCUUGCAUGUACCAUGUGGUAGCAAUUACAUCGGCCGGAUUAUCCUGCGGCACUCCGGGAAUUCCCGGAAUAUACACCCGGGUGUACCCUUAUCUGGACUGGAUAACCAAAACCAUGGAUAAAUUUUAAAAAUCUAUCAAUAAAUUAUAUUAUUUUGUCGAACUACAAAACCAA